CGUGCCGCGGUGCUCGCGCUCUGUAUGUAGAAUUACCAGAAACUCCCGGAAGAGACUCCUCGUGCAGAAUUGAGCGAGGUGCAGGUGAGCUCUAGCGCACUAUGUACCUGUAAACAAAGAGAGAAAAUGUGCAAACAACAGCCAGGAUACAGUUUCACGGAUACCCGGACCAAACACGACUCCAAAGCAGACUGGAGAUCGGCGUGUGACCCAUCGUAACCAGACACACCGCGCAGACUUUACACAUGAGAUAAGUUAACCAUCAGACGUCGCAAAGGACUGAACAUCCUCCACGAUGGCGAACCAGGACCCCGACAACCCUUCACACGCCACCUUUGAGAACUUCGUCCAAGCCCAGACUUGUAAGGAUGUGAAGCAUCACUUCUCCGUGCUCUGCAAGCAGCUGAGCAUCAAUCCUAAGGAGUUCGGGAGUUUCUACAUCAAGUUAAAAGAAAAGCUAAACUACUGGAAGGCCAAAGCCCUGUGGAAGAGGCUGGACCAGAGAGCUGCUCACGUGGAUUACCAGCAAGGAAAAGUCUGCACCAAGAACAAGUGCCUGGUGUUGGGUGCGGGGCCAUGUGGGCUGAGAACGGCCAUCGAGCUGGCACUGCUGGGGGCUCAGGUGGUGGUGCUGGAGAAGAGAGAGUCUUUCUCCAGGAACAAUGUCCUCCACCUGUGGCCCUACACCAUCUACGACCUCCGCAGUCUCGGAGCCAAGAAGUUCUACGGCAAAUUCUGCACGGGCUCCCUGGAUCACAUCUGCAUCCGUCAGCUACAGUUGAUCCUGUUGAAGGUGUCCCUUCUCUUCGGGGUGGAGGUGCACACAGGAGUGGAGUUUCAGGGCUUGAUUGAGCCCUCAGGAGAAAAUGGUUGGAUGGCCAAGCUGCAGCCUGGUUCUCACCCUGCUUCAACUUUCGAGUUUGACGUCUUUAUCUCCGCCGGAGGAGGCCGGUUUGUCCCUGAUGGUUUCAGGCACAAAGAGCUGAGAGGCAAGCUGGCGAUCGGCAUCACAACCAACUUCAUCAACAGACACACGGCUGAAGAAGCGCAGGUAGCAGAGAUCAGCGGCGUGGCUCGCAUCUACAACCAGAAGUUCUUCCAGGAGCUGCACACUGAGAUGGGUAUUGAUCUGGAGAAUAUUGUCUACUACAAGGAUGACACCCACUACUUUGUCAUGACUGCCAAGAAGCAGAGCCUGCUGAAGAAGGGGGUCAUUAAACAGGACUUCAGCGAGGCCGAGCAGCUGCUGGCUCCUGCAAACGUGGAUGAAGAGGCUUUGCGUUGCUAUGCAUAUGAUGCCGCCUCCUUCUCCACAGGGGGUAAACUGCCUGACCUCCAAUUUGCUCCCAACCAUGCGGGUAAGCCAGAUGUGGCCAUGUUCGACUUCACCUGCAUGCACCGUGCAGAGAAUGCCUCUCUGGUCCGGGAGAAGAGGGGCAAGAAGCUGCUGAUGGCUCUGGUUGGAGAUUGCCUGGUGGAGCCUUUCUGGCCUCUGGGCACCGGCAUCGCUCGGGGGUUUCUCGCCUCUUUUGACACGGCGUGGAUGGUGAGGAGCUGGGGCCUGGGGACCCCACAUCUCAAAGUCCUGGCUGAGCGAGAAAGUAUCUACCAGGUCCUGUCCCAGACCACACCAGAAAACACCAUGAAAAACUACGUCAGUUACAGCAUCGACCCCAAAACGCGGUACAAGAGAGUCAAUCUGUCCUCCAUCCAGCCCCACCAGGUGCAGCACCUGUAUCUCGUUGAUAAAUCCAUUCCAGCGAGCAAGAAACAGAACAGGUUCUCUUACCUGCCUCAAGAUUCUGUCAACGGUUUUGAGGAGUUGUUGAAAUGGUGCCAGAAGAACACAGCGGGUUAUAAGAGUGUGGAUGUGAAAGAUUUCACACAAUCCUGGAGGUCCGGGCUGGCUCUGUGCGCUCUCAUCCACCACUUCGGACCUAGGCUCAUUGACAUGUCCGCCCUGGAUGAGUCCAGCGCUGUUCACAACAACCAACUGGCCUUCAGCAUUUUGGAGAAGGAGCUGGGCAUCCCGCCUGUCAUGGCUGUCAGUGACUUAGCCAACAACGGUCAGAUAGACAAGUUGUCCAUGGUCCUCUAUCUCACCCAGGUCCAGAAGGCCUUCACCGUGCCUGCAAAAGACCCUGCAGCCUCCCUGUCGCCGGCCAAGCCUCUGACUCUCUCCACGACACAGUCCGCUGUCUUCUUCCUGAACAAGCUGAAGCACAACUCCCUGCAAAGACGCAAGGAAAAGCUGGCAUCUUUGAAAAAGGAGAGAGAUACGACAAUGGAAGAUGAGGACAGUACGGUGGUGCUGCCGGUGUCCCCUGAGCACAGUCCUUCACCUGCUCCUGCUCUUGCUCUUGCUCCCGAGCCUGAGCCUGAGCCUGAGCCUGAACCUGAAGCUUGUGUGUCGUUGACCAACAGUGACGAGUGUUACUUCUGUGGACAUAGGGUCUACGUGCUGGAGAGAGUCAGUGCUGAGGGCAAGUUCUUCCAUCGCAGCUGCUUCACCUGCCAUCGCUGCAGCAUCACACUCAGACUGGGAGGAUACACCUUUGACCAGAAUACAGGGAGGUUUUACUGCGAGCUGCACUCUGAAGAGCUGGAGCUGCAAAACGGAGCAGAGACGUCUCGUAAGGAUAGCGAAGGGAAUCACAAAACAACCAAUGAAGACAACAGGCUCUCCAGUGAGGAUUAUACACCCUCUCCAUCCGAUGAGGAGUACGAGCACACUCUGGACUCUGGUCCUUCUAUUCACUUAUCAACUCCCACUGAUCCUCCAUCUAUAGCUGCGGCUCCAGCAGCAGCAGCCACUGAGGAGGAGACCGUGCCACAUCCCGUCCCUAAGCCUCGCAAAUCACAGCUCCCCCCCAGCCCUCAGACCUCUGCUCCCGUAGCGAAACCUCGCACCGUCACCAUCUUCAAACCCUCGACUCCAGAAAGACAACCAUCUCCGACUCCGACAGAAGAGAUCUCCAAAGCAGCCCCAGACUCUCGCCCUAAGCAGUCGCUACGAAAGCUGAAGCUGAGCGCUGAGGAGAAAAGCCAGCUGGUGAAUCUUCAGAGCCUCAGCGUGGACUCGGACUCGGAGACCCCCGGUGGAUCGUCAUCCUGCUCCUCUUCUUCGGCUACCGCUGGAGGUACCAGUCCUCCUAAACCAGAGGACGGGCAGGAAGAGGAGGGCUACUGGAGCGGGAGCACCGCGAGUCACAUGCGAGAGAAGAGGCACCGGCGCUGCUUCAGGAGGAAAGAGAUGCCGGGCGGACAGGCGAGGGUCCGAUCCAAGUUCUCCCCGUGGAACCUGUCGUCCCCGAGGAUCAACAGAGACAGCCGGCUCAGCGUCCUCGUUAAUCAUCCGGGGCAUGUCGAAAUGACGUUCAGAGACGGCGCCAACGAGGGAUACGAUGACGAUGAAGACGAUGAUGAUGAAUAUGAGAUGUUGGAGAGAGACGAUGCCGACUUAUUUGAAGAGAAAUUCCAGACGCUGCCAGCCGAGAAGAUGGAGCUGAAGAAGAUGAGGACACUUGAGCGCAGAGCAAAGACGAGUGAAUUACAGCGAUUGCGCAAAGCUCAGUCCAUCCAGAGGAGGCUGGAGGAGAUCGAGGUGACCUUCAAGGAGUUGGAGGACAAAGGCGUCGUUCUGGAGCGAACUCUGCGAGACGAGGCUGGCAGCAACGGCUCUCCUGACAUGAUCGAGCAUUGGAUCCAGCUCGUCCACGAGAAGAACUCGUUGGUGACGGAGGAGUCUGACCUCAUGGUGGCGUCCCGGCAGCUGGAGCUGGAGGACAAGCAGAGCAUGUUGGAGCUGGAGCUCAGGAAAUACAUGGAGAUGAAUGAUAAGACGCCUGAGCAGCACACCGAGGAGGAGCGGGUCCUUCAACAGAUGCUGGAGGUGGUGGACAUGAGGGACUCGCUGGUGUCGUUCCUGGAGGAGAAGAGGCUGACGGAGAUCGGCGAGGAGCAGGAGGCCUUCUCCAUCAAGGAGGCCAAACGGCACUCGAAGGGCGGAGCUCAGGUCCACUGGGCGUAAGGCUUUUCACGGCAUGAACCUCUUUGUACUGCGCAGCGGAUGCCCUCACAUCUGCUGUGUUUGCUGCUUCCUGACUCUUCAAAGCCAAAGAUGUUUUUUGCAGAGGCAAGUGGCGCCUCUUUAUACGACUAGGAUGAAAAAAGUUGAGGCUUAUGGGCCAAAGAAGUGAAUAUGUGGUGCAGUGCGGCCCCUAGAGGGAGACACACGCCUGGGGGUCUGAGGCUUUAUGAUGACGCAUUGAUACCUCUCUGGUUAAGCCCUACCUGAUGUGUUAGUGGGGUCUCAGCAGCAGAAAAAACAAAUGAAAAUGGACCGCUAAUGUCUGCUGCAUCCAUCACAUGGAAAGUAAUCCAUACAAAGCCUGGAAAUCUGUUUGGUUUUGGUGUCAGAAACAUGUGCAAAGCCAAGGCUAAGCGGCAUACAAUAACAGUGGUGGGGAACCUGACUAUUGAGCCUUAGAUAUAGAUCUGUAAUGAAAGCACAGGAUGGCGUUUUUAAAAGUACUUUGAUGAAGAAGUGCUACUGUUCACAUAAUCUACAUAUAACUGUUUGUAUACUGAAUACAUUCUAGAUACUAUAUGACGAUGGAGACAAAAAAAACAAAGAGCUAGUUUAAAAUAUUAGAAGUAAUAAAUUCAUGAAUUCAUUUCAUCAUCCAGAGAUUUUUGGCUCUUCCUACUGUUCACCAUGUCCUUUUCCCGGUUGCACGUUCGGUAUUAAUCUCAGGGGUCGACGGUUCAGUCUUCCUGUGUCAGAGUUGGGCUUUCACCUGCUCUCAAACCGGUGGUUUAUUAUACAAACAUGGGGGGAUUUUAAGGAGAGUGAAAAACACACUGAACAGCUGCUUCAUCUAUUUAUAAACGCUAUCGUUUAUCAUUUUGCAGGUGUUUCUAUUCAUGUGCUGGCAGAAUAACUGCAAUCCAGACAAAGACUGUUUUGUUGUUAGUGAAGAGGAGCCUUAUACGUUCAUUGUUCUGCCGCCACCUGACGGCCCUUCACAUUAUAUCAAAUAAAGAUCAUGCACUUUGA